AUGGCCUCGUCAACAUCUAGGGGGGUAGCGCUGUUUCCGGGCGGCCCCGUCGAUGGCUCUGAGCCGCGGGUACGGCUUCCUAGGGAAGUACUGAAAUGGCUGCAGUCAUUGGAUUUGAGUUUUGCAGUAGUCAACGUCGGACGAGAUUUUGCAAACGGAUUUCUAGUAGCAGAGGUUUUGUCGCGGUACUAUCCGAAGGAAAUCGCAAUGCACAGUUACGAAGCUGGGACGCAACUGAAGAUAAAACGAGACAAUUGGGAUCAACUGUUGAAGUUCUUCAUAAAGCAAAAAGUCGACAUACGGAAAGCAGACUUCGAUCCUGUUUGCAAUCAGGUUCCGGGAGCAGCAGUGGCGUUGGUAUUGGUGUUUUUUUAUGAUCAACGAACAUGUUGCUAACAUUGAAUCAUCAACAUGAUGAUGCUUGCCGAAGGAAAUAAAGUCUGAGCUCGUAAACCAAAAUAAGCAGGAUCCACGCUCUCCUCGAUGAUUGAAAUCUCUAUCCAGCUGAAAAAACUGUACACGUUUUUGACAAAACGUGUGGCGAUAGAGUAUGGGAACCUGACGAUGGACGAGGAAUAUGGGACGGGGGAUAAUAUGGGAACAGGGCUUACACAAGCUACAACGAAAGACGAGCCGCCACCUGUAGAGCAGUCUAUGCCAUCGCAGCCGACAGUGCAGCAAAGUAUGGUCUCGACGACAAGAACGAAUAGGCAAGCACAUACAGGCCGAGGCGAACCCAGAGUCGUGAGCAGUGGGGUAUUGAAAUUGGUAAGUUGGAUUCAUAAACAUAAAAGCUGUGCAUGAUGAUCAUGAUCCAUGUAAUUAGUUAUUCACAUCUUCAACGCGACUUUACUACACCACGAAGCACGUGGUUCUCUCGGGUAUCGCUAAUGGUUUUGUCGUAUCCGAAUUCUGAAUGGUUUGAUACUCAUAAUCACUACAAAAAUAAAACUCACCUUCUACUAAAACAGUUCGAGAUAUCGCAUCUAGAGCUGAAAGAAGCUUCGAUAAAGCCGUUGGCGAAAAACUUGACGACGUUUAGGCAAAGUAGUCGAUUAGCAACGAGUGCUUCAGCAAAGAGUUUGGAUGACGGCGCAGUGUCAGGCGAUAGUUGCCUCACAAUAAUGAAGCCGAUAUUUGCAGAGGCGCUGGAUGCAGAAUGCUACAAAGUGAUAGACCCAAGAAAGGACCUGGUACUGAGAAUUGAAAGAUAGAAUAUUCUUAAUCCUACAGUCGAAGCACAAGUGAGAACUAUUUCUUGCCCACGACCUCAAUUAUUUUUUUCCAUACGAAGAAUAGUCUUUAAGCGUUGCAACGUCUGGAUGAUCGAUGGAACCGUCUUUCUGACCCCUGCUCAGGUAGUCUCCUUUCUUGAGCACGUGGAGCAGAUACCGGAUGAGGUUACGAUGCGGAUACUAGAGAGCUUGUCUGGGCAGGGUGUACUCAGGGGCAUAGCGGAGACCUGCAUGAAGAAUCCUCCAGAGUUUUCAAAGAUGUUUUCGCUUUACCUCGCGCCACUCCAGAUUUUAGGGCACGAUAGUGCAGUUUUCGAGGGUGUCUCAUAUUUUCUGAAGAGGCUAGGCGCGACGCUGUCGAAAACAGACGCCAUGCUCACAGAGCAUCUUUUUUUAGAUGGCGGCUUGCCGGACUUAGCGAAGCUAGCAGCUGCAGCAGAAGCCAAGCGCGAGACCAUAGCAGACUUCGUCUACUGCUUCGGUGGCGACACACCGCAGGGCCACAUAACAGCGCUCAGACACCUGAAGGAGCACGUACCGUCAUUGGGCGUGUAUGUGCACCUUCUCAGUUUUCUCGUUGCUAUCGAUGCGCAAAUGGGGAUUUUGGGGGUACAACUUUAGACAUGGCCUGGUGGGAAAUUUUGAUUCUUUGCUCUCUUCAUCAAGGAGAAAAAAUCGUGCUAAAACUACAACUACUGGAAUCGAGCUGAGAACAGGUGCUAAAUCUACAACUACUAGAAUGAAUGUUUAGGAAUUCGAGGCAGCUUUGUAGUUCGUCCACUUCCUUAAAGAAAUGUUUCACGUUGAUCAACACCAGGACUCCGGUCUUCUUGAUCUCUACGUGUACUAUGCGCAACUGGCCGUCGUCGACCCGUCACCACGAGUUAGGACUUUCGGUCUCAGCAUCCUUUCGCAAAUAGUCGCGGCGCGAGAAGACGGAGACUUUAACAAGACAGCAGAGUAAAAGCGUGUGAUAUCUUCGUCUUGGUUCAAUCUCUUCUUGAGUGUUGAUGUCGGGAUGUCAUCAUGUGUACCAAUGAUAUCUCACCUGAAACUUUAGUUAUAACAACACAUCCUGCUGCUCUGAUGCUGAUCCACCAGGUUCCAGACCGUCGGCAAAGACAUAAGUCUGGAGGGAGUCUUUGGCUUAGUGUAUCCAAUAAAGUCGCUCGUCCACGAUACCUGGUGGGAAGUGCAAGCGCAGAUGCUGCUCCUUUCGUCACGGCUAUUGCUGCAUCUGAGUAUUUCAAUUUUUCAGUAAUAUGCUUAUCCUUAUGUCUUUCAAGAAAUUUGAUUGAUGGUUCUAUUUUUUGAUUCCACAAAUACUUCAUCAUUUUCAUUCAACGUGUGUACGAGAUGGAAGAAGGAAGAGGUUCAACUGUACGUCAACUCUAUCUCAUCUUGUUCUAUGUCUUCAUGGUCAUGUUUCUCUAUCUCUCGCCAGCCUCAGCAAACAAAGAGGGCAACCGACGUCCCGAAGCGGAAAAGCUACUGCUGGAAUUUAUUCAGAAACUUUUUAUUCCGACCAAUUCUCGCAACGUGCUUCAAGUUGGGCUCGCCAACGUCAUAUUCCUCUUCGCAGUUCCCGAGUUGAAGGAAGCCCUUUUGCAUAAUUAUCUGCGCAUUCUAGUCACACAACCAGCACCACUGCGGAAGCGACUACUAGAGGAACAAGAGCUCUCCACAAAUAGGCUCGGUAUGGUCGUGCACAGACUUAGGUAUUUUUGCAUCUCAUCGAUAUUUUCUCGGCGUUCUUCAUUGAAAAGCUGUAGACUAGAAGUAGAAGUGGAUGGAGCGACUAGCAGGAUAGCAAGCAAACCUGAGCAGGACCCUCCAAAUGGUCAACAGCUUACUAACACGACUGCAGUCUACUUUAUUUUCAACACUUGUUCGCCCUCCUCGCUUUUCUACUAGACAAAAGAACCUCAAUCUAUCUCAUAAAUCGAUCGUUCAGCUACGUGCUCGGUCCCGCGUCAAGAAUGUAUGACGAGGUCUGCCUUUGGCAAGUAUGGUCUGGUUUCGACAUAAUGUGCGCAUUGGCAGACGAAGUAGAGUCGUCGCAAUUAGACCAUUUCGAAAGAGGUCACUUGGAGGUGCUUCACGCGUGCGUGCGGGACGGAGAUCUGACAAUAGCGCAAGAGAAUUGGUAUUGUUCGAGCCGGCUUCUAAAUUUCUUAUCCCUUGUUAUGAUCAUGUGUCGUGUGACUUUGUUCGAGUUGAUAGGACGUCGAGAUGCAUGAGCACCCGCAAAUUUUCUUUAUACGAGACAGGUUUAUCUUCAUUCUGAUAAUGACGUUUUUAUCAUGUUCUUGAUAGGUCUUGCUCCUGCGAAGAUCUUCAUAUCCAAAAUCAUUUUCAGGUCUUCACUGUUUGACCGCUUAGCGAUGUAUAUCUUCGUCUCAGUGAUUGAUCCCGAACACAGUGACGCUGCGCAGCAGGUCGUGCAUAAGUUUUGGCGGUCGGGGCUCGGGCUCGAGAACAACGUCGGCACAUUUGUCCAGGGAAUGCGCGUGCUCUUCUCAGAGCAGAUCGAGCGAGCAAAGAUAGACUACGCCGCAUUCAUAGAUUUCUUAGUGGAGGUUAAGGGGUACGCGGGCUCAUUUGUAGCAGAAACUUUGCAGAGUUUCGAAAAGUCAUUCCCAGACGAGUUCCAAGAGUGCGCGCCUCUCUUGGUGGGAACGGAUUUGAUGGAGUAGGAGUAGAUCUUUCUACAUCAACAUCAUCCCACCUUCGUAGGACGUGCUGGACUAAAAGAUCAACAAAUCCAAUGAGUCCUUCAAGUCAAUGAUCCUGAAAAAUGCAUUUUUAUAUAUAUAUACAUGAUCACCGUGCAUCGCCAAUGCCUCGGUCAACUGUAUUAUCUUUUGCUCCCAGUUUCUCUCUUUCUAAUAAAUAUUGCUAACACUCGUGGCUAAGCUUAAUUAUUGUCUGUUAACGAAGCGUCUGAGUAGAUAUUCUUUGAGUUUGAAAUUCCAGUGAUACGCAAAAUAAGACUAGAUCACCGGCGAGCAAAUUACUCCAUCGUGUCCGCUGAUCUCGGUGGUCAACCUUUGUUUCGUUUUCUGACAGAGUUUGCUUUAAAGAAGAGUCUGCUAACAAUUGGAUUAUGGUGCUAAUUUGGUUUGCGACGCGUUCGCAUGCAGAUGCAGCUGAAGCGUCAAGAUGGAGUCUGAGUAUGAGUCUACAACAAGUGAACUUGAUCCUGGACUAUGUCGAUCCUGAUGAUGUUGUGCGCAGUUCUUGUAUUGAGUCGCUCAAUGAUGGAACGACUCCGCCAACCAGCGGCGUUAAAAUAUAUUUGGGGAGAGCGAAACCCUUGUUUUUCUCGUACUACACUUGAGAAGUGCCAGUAUCAUG